UCCAGGUCGCGUAAAAGAGACGUGGAAGGACCCCUGUGUUUAUCGUCUCUUGUUUUAUGGCGAUUUUUUCUUCUUUAUUUUAUGAAGUUGUAGUUAAUUAAAAAGAUGUUGCGCUCCUUAGCUCAGGGUCUGGCACAGCUGCACUUGCACAGCACAGGGUCUGCUUUGUCCCGUGUUGCAGCCAGGACCUUACCCAUACAAGAGAUGGAAGCAGUAGUCCCAGCUGGGUAUUUCAUUCAAGCCAGGACCACUUUCAUUCUUAAACGCAAGAAGAAAGUUGAACUACACAAGACAACUGGAAAGAUGCGCCCCUUUAAGGCACGUCACUAUCUUUACGAAAUGGUGGAGGAUACCAAUGUUAGGAAGAAGGACCCAGUAAAGCUCAUAUUGACUAAACCAGUAGAAGGUUUAGGAUCAGUAGGAGAUGUUGUAGAAGUGAAACCACAUCGAGCAAGAAACCAUCUGCUUUUACCUGGCCUUGCUGUUUAUGCAUCGCCAGAGAACUUGGAAAAAUACUCCAACCUCAUCAAGACCUCAGAGGUGAAAGACCAGCCCUCGUCUCCUUUUGCUAUGAAGACUGCUGAGCAACUGUCUACCCGUGUGAUUUCCCUGAGCAUGAACAUGAAGAGUCCUUGGCAAGUGGAACCCUGGCAUGUACGAGUUGCCUUCCGCAAGGCUGGAAUCAUUGUUCCUGAGGAAGCGCUGACACUUCCUGACAAGCCGAUCACUGGACCAGAUCUUGAUUUGCAGGAAAAGGAGUUCCUUGUGAAAGUGAAGAUCAAUGACAAGGAAGAGGCGAAAGUCCGUUGUCGUAUUAACCAUUACUCAGUCAACCCUCGUGAACGUAUACCUUGGAAGGCAUUUCACUGGGAGCAUGUGGCAGAACCAAUCUUCCCAGAGGAGGCCGAGGAGUUGCAGGCCCUUGCACGGAAAAAUCGACACACGAGGUUCCCAGAACAAGAGGAAGAGACUAUGUAAAAGGCUACGAGAUUCAAGUUAUAUGUGAAUGUACUCUGUAGUUUAUGUAAUGUUGAACAAUCAUUGUGCUGAAGUGAUUUGUAUAUGGACAGCUGUUCUGAAUGUAAAUAAGAUUGAUACAAUUUA